AUGCCCGGGGUCGGGGCUGUGGGGGGGUCUCGGGGGUCGGCGCUGCUGUGGCUGUGUCUGUGGCUGUGGUUCGGCUUCAGUCUCCGCGGCGGCCGAGGCUUUAACUUGGACUCCGCUACAGUCUCCGUGUACUCCGGACCCCGCGGCAGCUACUUCGGAUUCGCUGUGGAUUUCUUCACCCCGACAGCGGCCGAGAUGACCCUGUUGAUUGGAGCCCCAAAGGCAAACACAUCUCAGCCACAAAUCGUUGAAGGUGGGGCAGUCUAUAAAUGCCCCUGGAAGAAAGGGGACACCAGUUGCCAUCAGUUCCAAUUUGACAAAACAGGUGACCGGCCUUUCAAAGACAAGCCCAAUGAACCAGUCGAGUUUAAAUCAUACCAGUGGUUUGGAGCAUCCUUACGAACUAAGGACGACAAAAUUCUGGCCUGUGCUCCCCGCUACCAUUGGAGAACACUGAACCGUCAGGAACGAGAGCCAGUGGGUACCUGCUUUCUAGCUGUUGGGGAAAAGAUUGUGGAAUAUGCACCUUGCCGAUCAGAUAAAUCUGAGGCUGAUGGUCAAGGAUUUUGUCAGGGAGGUUUCAGCAUCGAUCUGACAACGGGCGGGAGAGUGGUUCUCGGGGGACCUGGCAGUUUUUACUGGCAAGGUCAGUUAAUCUCUGACAGGGUGGAGGAUAUCGUGACAAUGUACAAUCCUUCAGAACUGAUUACAAAAUUCCCAAAUCAAAUUGCAACGCUUGUGGCUAAUGCUGUGUAUGACGACAGCUAUCUUGGUUAUUCUGUUGCUGUUGGAAAUUUUAAUGAUGAUUCAGUGGAAGAUUUUGUAACUGGAAUUCCAAGAGGAGCGAAAUCUCUGGGCUAUGUGACGAUUUUAAAUGGAGAGACGAUGAAAUCGCUUAUCAAUGUUACUGGGGAGCAGAUGGCGUCCUACUUUGGAUAUUCAGUUGCUGUGACUGACGUCAAUAACGAUGGACACGAUGACCUCUUGGUUGGAGCGCCUCUGUUUAUGGACCGGAGUUCUGAUGGGAAGUACAGAGAAGUGGGACAAAUCUAUGUCUAUCUACAAGAAGGCACAACAUUUAAAAAACCCCAGAAGCUGACUGGUACUGAAAUCUAUGCCAGAUUCGGGACGUCAAUCACAGGUCUUGGUGAUCUUGACCAAGAUGGUUUUAACGAUGUUGCAGUGGGAGUUCCUUAUGCAGGAGAAAAUCGCAAAGGCCUUGUUUAUAUUUAUAAUGGUAAAAUAUCUGGUUUAAGCCAACAUCCUUCUCAGAUUCUGGAAGGGCAAUGGGCUUCAGACUCUUUGCCUGCAAGUUUUGGGUAUUCGAUGCACGGUGCUGUAGAUAUUGACAGAAAUGGCUAUCCAGAUUUAAUUGUUGGAGCUUUCGGCGUUGACAAAGCUAUACUUUAUAGAGCCAGACCAGUGAUUCAUGUGAAUGCUUCGUUAGAUGUCACCCCUUCAGUUUUGAAUCUAGAGAACAAAACCUGUCAACAUCCAGUAACCAACAUCAAGGUGUCUUGUUUCACUGUUCGGUUUUGCUUGAGCGCCUAUGGAAAAGGGGCCACGCAGUCCUUGGAUUUUAACAUCCAACUGCAGCUGGAUAAACUAAAGCAGAAAGGAGCCAUCAAGAGAGCUAUGUUCCUGCAUAAUGUUCACUCCAGCUAUGAGAAAAAAAUGAAAGUAGAAAACGGCGAAAGGAAAGCAUGUGAAGAACUCCAAGCCUUCAUGAAGGAUGAAACUGAGUUCAGAGACAAACUGACUCACAUCGCUAUCUAUAUGGAGUAUAAACUGGAUUUAAAAAACCUAACAGACAGCAAUGACCUGCAACCAAUCCUCAACCAAUUGACCCCAGAUAACAUCACCAAAGAGGCCAGCAUUUUAUUGGACUGUGGUGAAGACAACAUCUGCAAACCUGACCUUAAACUCUCUGUGAAAGGAGAUCAAAAGCAACUUUACAUUGGUGUUGACAAUCCCUUAUCCCUGACUAUAAAUGCACUGAAUAAUGGUGAAGGGGCCUAUGAGGCUGAACUCUAUGUGAUUUUACCCCCUCAAGCCGAUUAUGUUGGCGUAGUUCGGGACAAUGAGAAACUAUCAAGAUUGUCAUGUGCUUACAAAGUAGACAAUCAAACUCGCACAGUGGUCUGUGACCUUGGAAACCCUAUGAAAGCUGGAACAGAUCUCUUGGCUGGCCUGCGAUUUGCUGUCCAGGAGCUGCAGGAUGCUGAGGCAGCUGUGACAUUUGAACUGCAGAUUCGAAGUUCCAACACCCACAAUGCUAUGAGUGAGGUGGUCUCCCACUUAGUCGGCAUCACUGUUUUAGCUCAGGUCGAUAUCCGGGGUGUCUCUUCUCCCGAUCAGCUAAUUUUACCCAUUAACUGGGUUCAAAAAGAAAACCCCGAGACUGAGGAGGAAGUCGGGCCACUGGUCUUGCAUGCCUAUGAGCUACGGAAUAAUGGACCAAGUACGUUCAGUAAAGCGAUAUUAGACCUAAAUUGGCCUUACAGAUACAAGGAGAAUUACCUGCUGUAUGUAAUGAAGUACACCACUGAGGGGCCAAUGAAUUGUUCCUCAGAUAAAAUUAUCAACCCUCUCAAAUUGAAGACUGUAGGUUCGUCAGAAAAUAAGACAUCAUCUCAACCCUCAAGACUAGGAAAUCAACACCAUCGAAACCACAGAGAUACAUCUAAGGGAAUCGAGAAACUGGGUUGUGGCACAGCAGAAUGUUUGAGAAUAAAAUGUCAGGUUGGAAGACUAGAAAAGGGGAUGGGUGCAGUCCUACGCAUCCAAUCUCGAAUGUGGGCUGAAACGUUCUUGAAGGAAGAGAACAAAUCCUACUCCCUGAUGGCUUCAGCAACAUACAGUGUAAUAGAAAUGCCGUAUAAAAACUUCUCUACAGAACUUCCCACUGGAUCCAUUGGGGUUACAACCCUUGUAUCCUGGGUCAAUAAUCCCGAAACUCCACCAGUGCCAAUUUGGGUGAUUAUAUUAGCACUUCUGGCUGGAUUACUACUCCUGGGACUCUUGAUUUUUAUCAUGUAUAAAGUUGGUUUCUUCAAACGUGUCCGACCUCCACAUGGGGAUGCCGCAGAACGGGAGCAACUCCAGCCAGAGGAUAUGAAUGGUGACGGGGCUACAGAAGCUUAAGUAUUGCCCGAGAUAAAAAGAAAACAUUUCUGAACACUUAAAUUGCACCAAACCCUGACGACAGGAUUUCAAGUAGACAGAAUUGACUAACUUGCUAUGGAAUAACCACUGGCAAAAAUGCAGUCUGCACAAGGGUCUUCCAUUGUAUUUGGAUGGUUGUAGGUUCAGGUACAUUGAGCAAAAGCAACAUAAAUUCAGCUUGUUGGUUCCUACUGAUAACUGUUAAUGUAUGUCAUUGCACUGAUAAGCUCUUCAUAUUACUUGAGGUGCGAAAUGUUGAAAUUCAUUGUCAUUGUUUAUAGUGCCAUUGGGUUUAUAAACCCCUGUGUUUUUAAAUUUUAACUUCAAAGUGCAAUAUCAUUGACAGCUUAGUGUGUACUCACUGAAAAACGAAUCACUAGAACAGUCACUUAAGACCAGGUCUUCUUAAAUAUAUUAACUCUUGAAUUUAACAUGAUGUGUUUUUUGUAGCAUUCUGCAAGUGUUGCCGGUAAAUUUGGAUGAAGACAAAAUGGUUUUAUAAUGAGAAUGUAAAUUUAAAAUGUCCUGGAAUGCAUUUGAUCGCCCACAUUGGGUGAAUAGAGAGCAAUAUGUUAUGCAGUUUACUGUUGGGUUCCAAGAUCAAGUAAUUUUUUCAACAUUUCAAUUAGUGAGCAUUUUUCUGAUGCACUAUAGAUGAACUAUUUUGAUACUACUUGCUGGGGGCUCUUUAUCUUAACAGAAGCUGUGUAUUUUUUUGUUUGUUUGUACUAUAUUUACACAGUGCUUACCCUGAGCAUAACUCAACCUUUUACAGACUUCUGGUAUUAUUGUGUGGAAAACCUAAAUGCAAAUCAAUUCACUACUCCCAAUCUAAAGAAUAAUAGAAUACUGCAUAGUAUUUAUUGUACUCUGAUAUAUUUGUGGUUAUUACAAUCUACCUGUGAAAACAAAAUCCCAGAAUAUGUGCAAAAGGUCAGGUACUCCAUGUUGAACAAUAUUUUUGUUUACUUAUUGUAAGCUGGCUUAUUCGGAAUCAACAACCACAUUAUUCUGUGUGUUUUGUAAUUUCCUGGACUUGUGAAAAGUGAAUCCAGCUAAUUGUUUGACUAAUAACACAGCAUCCACUUUUAAACUCUUUAAUAAGCCUAUCAACAAACCUCUAUGCUUUUGUUAAAAAAAAAGACUGUUUUUUGAUUUUGUUUGUCCUGGUCAUCUUUUAAGAUUUAUACCUUUUCUUUUAACAACUUGCAUAUGUACUGGCUGAUUUUUAUUUCACAGCUUUUUUUUUAAGGGAAUAAAUGGGGUAUGGAUUUCAAUGAUUGGAUACUAUCGUCGUUCUUCAAAAUAGAAGAGGGUUCUCACCUAGAGUGAUAUCAGUGUCCUUGGUGACUUAGUUUAAUGGCAGAAUUUUGUAUGUAGAUUACUUUUAAUCACUCCCCCCCCCGCUCCCUCCCAGAGAAAUUGCAUAUUUGCCAUUUAUGCUUAAAAGAUUAGAAUCUGCAAAUAUAUAUUACUACUUCCCCAGUAACAAGUAGAUCCAGAUAAUACAAAUCUGACAGCUGGUUGCAAGCUUGUUGUAAUGUUCUCAGGCACAGAAGCAUUUAUUUAAGUAUAAAGUUAAUAUUAGGAGGGAGCGCUGUCCAAUUCCCACUUGACCCAGCUUAACAAUGUUGGGUGCUAUCCACUUCCAUAGUGUUAUGGUUUGUUUGGUGCCAUAAGCUGCUUUCCAAAUUCAUUCAGAUUGCAUUGUUCUUGUAUUCCUGACAUCUCGGAUACCUGAAGUUGGAUGUUUUUGCUGCUACCUUUUUCCUGUGGGGCCCCCAAGCUGCUCCUCCUGAAGGGACUGGUCGUAUUUCCGGUUGAUUCCAUGGUGACUGCAACCCUCUGGGACUUUCUCCAACUGAUAGCAGUUUAUGUUCGAACCUGGAUAAGACUUGCAUUCCUUAUUUGCUUUUUUUUGAGCAGUGUGUGAAGGUGGGGGGGAAGCAGGAGGAAUAGAUAAUGAACAUGUGCGGGAACCUAAGCUGAAUGUUCUCUCUCUCUCUUCCUUAGCCCACAUGCACUAAGGUCAGUUGUAACUGAGAUGCUAACUCACUCAGAACACACCCUUUUGAUUGUAUGUUUUAGUCCUAAAAUAUCAGAGAAGCCCCCUUAAUCCCUAAAUGAUAUGUGGUUGCCAAAAAUAAUAAUCCUUGCAUUUGAUAUAUAGCGCCUUAUCACGUCUUUGAGACGCCUCAAAAGUGCUUCACAGAAUAUACUGCAAAGUGAAUGUAUUUUGUGGGUGAAAUGCACAGCAGUGUCCCACGAACAGUGGUGGAUUGAAGUAAUCAAUUUGCUAUUUCAUUUUGUUGACUUGCUACUUCCUGAGUAUUUUAUCUGUUGGUGAUUCAAUUAAGUCUAAAUUUUAUGGCCUUUCAUCGAUACCAGAAGUGAGUUUGAUUCAGGGCCUGGGUAAGCCCAUCAAUCAGGUCCUGAGAAUGCUUAUUUUGUUAAUCUUAUGUGUGAUUAGUUUCUUUAACAUCUCAUGUUGAAUCACCAUAGUUGCCAGUGCUCAAUUUAUUUAACACCUCAUGAACACCUUGUAUCCCUACCACUGUUUUCACUAUGUCCUGUGUAUUGCAGCUUUUCAACAAGAAGAGGCAGAUUUCUCUUAUUUCCUUGUCAAUGUUUACUAGCUUUAGUUGAUAGGACUCUGCAGUCCAAUAAAUAAGAGGUGCUAAAAAUUCUUUAAAUGUGUUGUGCUAG